GGGAACUAUCUUGCCUCAUUGCAGACGCGCAUCCCAGCUGUUUCACGUUGCCAAAAUUCUGCGCAAGCUGCUAUCCCACGAUCUCCACACAGGGCAAGCUUGCUGGAUAAUAGGGGGGAUCCUCAAGUGGCUGUUUUUGACAUAAAGCACCCCCGACAUCUGCGUCCACAAUGCAGAGGCUUUCCGAUGCGGCUACCGUAGUUUGGAUAGGCUGUGUGUAGUGGAUAUUUUGUGGAUGGUGGCCCCGAGGAGAAGCUGUGAGGCUGGGGAGUCGGGGGCAUCAGCCGGGCCGAUAGAGGAGCGUUAGCAAGCUAGCAUUUGUGGGUCAACUCAGUGGCAUUUUCGUGAAAACACUACCUGGUUUGGCUCAGUCAUCAUGGCCACGAACGGUAACAGUUCAUCGCCUGGGAUGGGAGAGAUCAUCCAGUUAAAUGUCGGGGGGACAAGGUUCAGCACAUCCAGACAAACUCUGAUGUGGAUCCCAGACUCUUUCUUCUCAAGUUUACUGAGUGGGAGGAUAUCCACUCUGCGGGAUGAAACUGGAGCUAUAUUUAUUGACAGAGACCCCACAGCAUUUGCACCUAUUCUCAACUUUCUCCGAACCAAAGAACUGGACUUGCGAGGUGUCAACAUCAGUGUGCUGCGACACGAAGCGGAGUUCUAUGGAAUCACUCCUUUAGUGAGACGCCUGCUGCUAUGCGAGGAACUGGACCGCUCAUCAUGUGGUAGUGUUCUCUUCCAUGGUUACCUGCCUCCCCCAGCUGUCCCUACUCGAAAUUCAUCUUGUGAUGAGCGACCGGGUCCCAGUGGAGCGGAGGGCUUCGCCCGUGUUGUUCCCCUUCCUCAUCCUCCUUUGCCUGGAACAGAUGACUCAGAGAAACUGGAUUUCAUGGUUGACCCCAGGAAAGUGCUGAUUAUAGCAGGACAUCACAACUGGAUUGUUGCAGCUUAUGCACACUUUGUCAUCUGCUACAGGAUAAAGGAAUCAUCAGGAUGGCAGCAAGUGUUUUCCUCACCCUACCUUGACUGGACCAUUGAACGUAUAGCACUUAAUGCUAAAGUGGUGGGUGGUCCACAUGGAGACAAGGACAAGAUGGUGGCUGCUGCCUCUGAAAGCAGGAUUAUCCUCUGGAGUAUCCAAGAUGGAGGCAGUGGAAAUGAAAUUGGUAUAUUCAGUCUUGGUGUUCCUGUUGACGACCUCUUCUUCAUUGGGAAUCAGCUGGUGGCUACAAGCCACACGGGAAAGGUUGGUGUGUGGAACGCCGUCACACAACACUGGCAGGUUCAAGAUGUAGUUCCCAUCACCAGCUGUGACACAGCUGGGUCCUUCCUUCUACUGGGCUGCACCAAUGGCUCCAUCUAUUAUAUAGACAUGCAGAAGUUUCCUCUAAGGAUGAAGGACAACGAUCUCUUAGUAACUGAGCUUUAUCACGAUCCUUCAAACGAUGCCAUUACUGCACUGUCUGUGUACCUCACACCUAAAACCAGUGUGAGUGGGAACUGGAUAGAGAUAGCCUAUGGGACGAGCAGUGGUGCAGUGAGAGUGAUUGUUCAGCACCCAGAGACCGUAGGAUCGGGUCCUCAGCUCUUUCAGACAUUCACUGUACAUAGAAGCCCAGUGACAAAGAUUAUGUUAUCUGAGAAACAUCUAGUAUCAGUGUGUGCGGACAACAACCACGUUCGGACGUGGACGGUGACACGGUUCAGGGGGAUGAUCUCCACGCAGCCCGGCUCCACCCCUUUGGCUUCCUUUAAGAUUCUGUCCCUGGAGGAGACGGAGAGCCAUGGAAGCUACUGCUCUGGGAAUGAUAUAGGCCCCUUUGGAGAGAGAGAUGAUCAACAAGUUUUCAUCCAGAAGGUCAUCCCCAUCACAAACAAAUUGUUUGUGAGGCUCUCCUCAACUGGAAAAAGGAUCUGUGAGGUGCAAUCAGUGGAUGGAACCACUAUCACUUGCUUCAUGGUUCGGGAGUGUGAGGGUUCCAGCCGGAUGGGGUCCCGACCGCGUCGCUAUUUGUUCACCGGUCAUGGAAAUGGUAGUAUUCAAAUGUGGGACCUCACCACUGCGAUGGACACAGCCAACAAAGGUGAAGAGAGGAAGAAAGAUGAUGUAGGUGGCCCAACAGAGGAGGAGCUGCUUCAGCUGCUGGACCAGUGUGACCUUAGUACGUCUCGCUGUGCAACCCCAAAUAUAAGCCCCGCCCCCUCUGUGUUGCACCACACACGCCUCAGAGAGUCCAUGUCAAGUCUGCAGUUGCAGGCCCAGGAACCUAUUCCUGAGAGCCAGGCCACCUAUGGAGCUGUCCGGCCCUACAGAGAGAGCCCCCUGCUGGCCCGAGCUCGUCGAACUGAAUCCUUUAACAGCUGCAGAGACUUCCAGAACUUCAGCCUGAGCCAGAUAUCCAACACUGGACCCAACCAGAUCCCCGAUUCCCGGCGCUUGCUGUGUAACUUUGGGUCUGAGGACAGUGAGAGGAGCACCUCUGUCAUGGAGCUCUGGGCUUCCCGUAACACCGCAAACAUCUCAGUGACUAAAGCAGACGUGAGUCAAGAAUCACCACAGCAACCUCCAGACAGCCCAAUUCCAGGAGGGGACGUGAGACGAAAGGUGCAACCUCAGUCAGAGGAAGGAGAUGGCGUUGGAUCAGGGGGAGACGGGGUUAAAGCCGACGUAGCUGUGAGGAAGAGGGGAGUGCUAGAGGGGGCCUUUCUGGGGAGGAAGAGGGCUCCUCCAAUUCCAUCUCUCUCCUCUGGAUCUGAAGGUGGCGGCAGUGACUCAUCUGCAAACGCUUCGCCCUCCCCAACCAAACUGUCUUCCUCCACCUCUCCGCGACACAGGAAGCUGGCAGCUGAACCAUCUAGUCAUGACAGCAGCCUUUGAGAGCAACUCUUCCCCUGAUCAUUGGAAUUAACUUGUAGGUACAUGCAGGAGGUCAGUGCUAAACAUAAAGGCAAAAGAAGACCACACUAUGAGCUGCAAGAAAAGUCACUGUUUUACAUACAGGUGUGGCUCAUGAAGAAGCUACAAGUUUCCAACACUAUCAGUACGACAUUUGAGGAAUCAUGUCUUUCAAUAUUAUUCUUUACUUAAAUCUGCAAGUUGUAACUGGAGUGUCUUCUGCCUCAGGCUGCUUUUUGUGUUUCAAGUCCAUUUAAAAUCAGGUGGUGACAGUUUUAGGAUUCAAUCUUCUGUUUUCUCCUCCUGUGAGGAUGUUGCUCUCAAAAAACUUUAGGAGUGAAGCUAAAGCACAAGGUCACAGAUUAGGUCAAGUAAGGAAGAGCAGAGCCGGACAACCAAAACAGCAUAGUAUUAGUAACCAUGUGCUGAAAUGGAUGGUUACAAAAUAAAACUAACAAAGGCAUUACCUUCAGUUUGGUAAAAAUACCGACAUUUUAAAAAUGAAUUUAAAAUCUUGAUCUGUAUUAGAAAAUUUAAUGUAAGAAAUUGUCCUAGUAACAAAUAUUUACCUGAAAAAGCUCGACCAACCACCCAUGAGCUUUUUUGCCAUAUAUCUGCAAUAAUCAGAAUAAUAAGACUUCUUUAAACAGCAGACCUCAUUACACUGUCGUGCAGUUGAUGUUUAUGUAACUUACCUGAAUCAUGUUACCCUGUCCAAAAUAUUGGCAGCUACUUGAAUCCCAGAAUACUUUCGUUGCUGCAGCCAGAGUCAGAUGGGUUUACAUUAAGCAACAGCUGACAGGCAGCAGUUAGAUUGUGCAGGUCGGGCAUGCAAUACAAGCUGCACUGUUAAGUUGUGUCACAGCUCACAGCAUAGCAACAGUGAAGCAAAGAUUCAGAUCACAGACCUCGACUCCGGUAUUCAGAUGAAGGAUAUGGCUGAUGAUCAUGUGUGGUGACAUACUGUAGAUGUAAAAUAUACUUGGAUCUAGUCCAUGUUUUGUCAGUAGUGUACAUUGACUUUUUUUUGUGGCACUAGAGGCCUUUAUUUUUAAAUUUUUCCGACAGUAGGCAGACAGUAAAUAGGGGGAGAGAAAGGGGGAAGACAUUCAGCAAAGGUCUCUGGGUCCGGGACUUGCACCCGGGACGGCCGCUUCAAGGACCGUAGCCUCUAUACAGGUCCUUCUCAAAAUAUUAGCAUAUUGUGAUAAAGUUCAUUAUUUUCCAUAAUGUCAUGAUUCAUAUAUUUUAGAUUCA